AAUCAUUAUCAUAAUAAUCAGACAUUAUCGAUUCUAUAAAUCUAAUCUAUCUCAGUAUCUGCCUGCUAGCUGCUAGAUCUAUAGAUCUAGAUCUAGAUCUAGUAGAUUCUUAUAGAUCUAGUUAUAGAUCCAGAAUCUAGAUCUAUUAGGCACACCGUAUUCGGGAACUAGAUUCAAUUCAAUAGUAUCCAUUUGUGUAUCUGAAAAAGCCAUGUUCGGACAUCAAAGUUUUGGACAGCAGUCCCCACAUGGAGGAUGGGACUUGUAUGGUGGACCUCAGGAAUAUAUUGAACCAGGGUACCGUGGCUUUUUAAUUACAACAUUGCCAGGAAAAGAAGAGUUUGCAGUGGAUGAUACUAUCACACUUCUUCGCCAAGCUUCCAUCAAAAUAUACGGAGCUGUUCAGAUUCAAUCAAAGAAACUUGCAUUAAAUCCAAGAUAUCUAGCAAUUGAUUUUAUGGAUCCAGCUAAUAUAAAACUAUGGCCAACCCCUGAGGAAGAAAGAGAUAGAGAGGAGGAGGAAGAGGAAGCAAGAGAGAAAGAAAGAGAGGAGAGGGAAAAAGAGAAAGAAAAGGAAAAAGAGAAAGAAAAGGAAAAAGAAAAGAAGGACAAAGAAAAAGGUAAUAAGGAAGAUAAAGAAAAGAAUGAUAAAGAAGAAAAAGAAGCCCUGGAAGAGACCUCAGACAAAACAUCUGAAAUUAAAGAGAAUGAAAAUAAGACUGAAGAAGAGGAAACUAAGAACGAAGAAUCUCAACUGGAGUCUGCUGCGGAUAAUAAUGCCAUUGACAACAAAGAAGAAGAAGAAAAAGAGUCUGAAAAACAAAGUGACAGGAAAGAAUCUGAUCAAGACAGAAGUAAAGAUCACAAGUCUGAUCAAGCUAAAAAAGAAGCCAGCAAGGAUAAGUCUGCUUCAAGUGUCCCAAAGAAGAAGCAGUUUCCUAUCAUGCGCAGCAUUUACAAAUUCAAAGCCUAUCGCACAGAGACGAGGAAUGUGAUGUUUAUCAAGUCUGAUGUUCCUGACCCACUGGCCCUGGCUGAGGCUGCCAUGGAGCUGUUGUUGGAACGUAGAAGAGUCUAUGAGGAUGGUGCAUGUCAGUUGCUUCCUGUUAUUGGAGUUUGUAACUUUGAUCUUGAACAGUUAGAAGUGAUGUCUAAACGUGUGCUUUCUUCCAUGUUUACUGCAUCUGUUGAACCCAAAAACUUCAGUGUCAUGGUCUUAGAAAAUCUUGGUGGGCCGAGUACAGAAAACGUGCUGGAAGUUGUUCGCAACACAAUCUGGGCACUGAACCCAUCAGCUUGGCAGACAUCUCCGCUCACUGAGCCAGAUAUCUUCAUACAGAUUGACUUAGUUGGCAGCAAGCUGAUCAUGUGCUGUGUUACCAAAUACAUGCACUAUCGUUACUACAGUCCUAACCUUUUGGUCAAGCAAGGUCGUGGAGAACCAGAGGAUGACGAUGGCACUUGGCUGACAGCAGCAGAAAGAAAGCAACAAGAGGAGCAAAGGCUGGCAAGAGAAAGGCAGAUAGAAUUUGAGAGACAGAGGCAAGAAGAUCUCAAGAAGGAAAGAGAACGAAGAAGAGCUUUUCUAGAGGAAAGAAGAAAAGCUAAAAUGAAAGCCACUGUAGAAGGCAAAAGUCGUAAAAACAGUGGGAGCACAUCAGAUAAACAGGAAGGGUCCAAAAAGAAGGCAGCUGAUGCAGUAACAGAAGAUGGAAAAGAAGAUUUGCCCCCAAGUAAAAAACCAAAGCUAGAUGCAACAGAAGAAAAUGAGAAUAGUUCCGCUCCUGUUGACAGUGAAGCCAAACCAGAGGAUCCAAUCCAGACAGUGGUUGAAGAGUCUGCGCCACCAGCUCCAAGUGAAGAGGUGAAAGUUGAAGAAGUGAAAGCUGAAGAAGUGAAAGCUGAAGAAGCGAAAGCUGAAGAUGAAACUAAGGACCAAGAAGAGAUGGAGGUCACCACUGAAGAUACUAAGGAAAAAGAGAAAGAAAAGCCAACUAAAAAGCCGACCACAAGAGGUUCACGCGGUGGUAGAUCUAGGUCCAAGAAGUAAUUGUUUUUGCAUUGUUCUCUCUUAAACAUUGUUUUAAUUGUUUGUUAUUGUUUUUUUAUUUUUUGUCCUAGAACUAACAUUAACAUAUGUUGUCAUUUUUCACAAUGCUAGGAAAUGGGUGGAUGUAUGUUAGAGAUUGAGUAUUUGAUAACAUUAUUAAUUUAACAAUGCUUUUUUGUGCUUUGGACAUUAUCACCACAGAUAAGUUUGUCCUAAGUUUUCAAGGAUUUUGUCACAUUGUAUUACAUUUCACUUUGAAGAACUUAUUGAGCAGAUGGUCACUUCUUUGUGUGAAACUCAAUUAAAAGAAUACACAUAA